UGAGGCAAGGCUUUUGGUCUGAGGCAAGAAAGCGGACACCACGCAGAUUCAUUGAAGCUGUGGAGGUGUCGUUUAGACCCGCUGGAAAACCGUGAUCCACGCCGUCUACAGAUACAGCUGUUUAUUUCUCUUUAUAACAUAUUUAUUUUAUUGCUGUUGCAUUGCUCCAGAUUAACGGUGCCGGCGUGUUUAAAAUAAAUAACACUGACGGGCCUGUUGAGGUGGUGAGAUCAUCUUUUUUUGGGCACUUUCCUGACUUCAUUAGUGCGUAGCUUCACAAUACGUUGGACAUCAUGGCACUGGAUGGAUGCGGCGUCUUCUGCAAAUAUAUCCUGGUCGUUUUCAACAUCAUCUUUGCGGUGGUUGGCUUGGCCUUCUUUGGGCUCGGGCUGUGGCUGAGGUUCAGCUACAACACCAGGGGAAUCUUUGAAAUAGAGCAGCUCAACUCGAGUGCAUUUGUCAUCGGUGUGACUGUGCUGAUAGUUCUCGGUGCUGUCAUGCUGAUUGUGGUGACGUUUGGAGACUACGGUGCCUGCAAUGAGAAAAGAUGUGCUCUGCAAGUGUUCUCCAUCCUUCUGGCCUUCCUGGCUACAGGUGAAAUCAUCGUUGGAGUGCUGGCUUAUACCCAGAGAGAUGAGGUUGGCCUGAGAAUUGCAGAGUUCUACACCAGCAUGUACACUCUGUAUGCGGCCAGUGGAGACCCAGCCAUUGCCGUCACGCUCACGUUCAUCCACAAUGCACUUCACUGCUGUGGAGUGACAGGGGUGAAGUUGAUCGAGAUAGUUAAAGACACCUGUCCCAAACCAGACGGUAUCCUGGAGCACUUGGCCAUGCCUAAUUGUCCUCUGACCAUUGCACAGGUCUUCGACAGUAGGGCACCACUGGUAAUGGGCAUCUUCAUGGGAACUGGAGCUCUUUUGAUUACUGCCCUGGUCUGCAGCAGUAUCCUCCUGAAACAAAUCAAGAAAACCCAUCAAGAGGUCACUGCGUACUAUGCAACUGUGUACUAAGAAGAGAAGAUUACUCUCCUCUGCCUCAUCAACAAAGACCACCACUCAACCAGUAUGUUAAUGUUUACAGAUUUUCCUCUGUAUGUGAACUACUGCUGAUGUUAGUUUUGGAGCCAAAGUUAAGUCAAAAUACACUUUGAAAUCUUAAAACAUGACAUUCUGACCUACUGUUAACAAAAGCAGAAACAAAUGCUGGCUUUGUUUAGCAUAAUAACCUCGCAGGCUUGUGUAAUCUACAAUUAAUGAGAAUGUUUCAAUGGUUCUUUCAGCUGGUAAGACAAUGAGACGUACAAACUUCCACAUGUUCAUUUCACGUUCUAGCUGUUAUUUUAACAAGCAGUCGUAUGUAGCUUUACACCAGCAGCUAUUUUUAUGCUCUUGCUUAAGUUUUGUGCCUUUGUUUGCCGUUGCACAUAAAAGUGUUAAAUAUUUACUGAGUGAAAAAUGGAAAAGGGAUCAUUUUCUUUAAAGUCCUUCAACUCUUUCAUAUGCUGUAUUAUAGGUGUGGUCAAAUUACAGUGUUGACACAUUGAAUUAAGGUGCCUUGUUUUAUCUCCAUUCACAGCAGCAUUUCAGUACGUCAGGGUGUAAUAACUAGAUGGUUCGCUUUGGUAUGUCGUCUUCCUGUUAUGUACCUAUUAAUAUAAUGCGACAGCGGUACCGUAAUUUUCUGUUGCUGUAGUUUUGUGCAGAUUGCAUUCCAGUUACAGUCUUGUAUUUACGAUACUUGUCCAGAGGGCCUGACCAGCAAAUUAAAAAAUUGUUACAGAUAUUCUGCAGGCUUCUUAGUCAUACGGUUCUGUUUUAACUGGAAUGCUUCUGAGCUGUGAAGCGUCAUAUUUUUCUGGAUAUGCAUGUUUAAUACUGAGACCAACUGUAAAGCUAAACCUUUCAUUCCUACAAUUUUCUGUUUCUGUGACCAACUUCAUGUCCUGUUCAAAAAGAAAACUGCUUGAAGUUCUUGUGUUCUUUCUCUAUAUUACUAACUGUUGCAUUGCACUAUGUUGUUAAGUUCAUAAUUUUAGAAAUAUUCUGUAGAAGGUUGCACUUGUUUCCAUAAAACCACAAAAACAAAUUG